AUGUCGAUUAACCCAGAUCUGGUGUUGUCUUCGCUUGGAAAGUUGAAGAGCUUCGUCUCCCAACAAGGCGAAAACAACGUUAGAUCUGGGCUGAUCGAUGUUCCAGAGGAGAGAAGAGAGGUCGUCGGAGCAUGGUGGUGCAUCGGGAAAGCUUCGUCGUCGGCGAUGUCACCGGAUUUGACUCCAACUUUUUGGCGAAUAAUUAAGAGGAAAUCAGUGGAGGAGUUUCAGCCCUAUGCAUAUAUCGCUAUCGCAACAUGUAUGAAUUGCAUGUUUUGGAUGCUUUAUGGUCUUCCAUUUGUUCAUCCUAAAAGCACUAUCGUCAUCACCAUCAACGCCAUUGGCGUUGUGAUGGGGUUGAUAUAUUUAUCAAUAUUCUGUUACUACGACCAUCAGAACCAAGGAAGGAAGAAGAUGGCGAUUGGACUUUCUGGGGAAGUGAUUUUUGUGUUGAUAAUAGCUGUAAUUACAAUGGUGGCUUUUCACACCCAUGAAAGCAGGUCAUUUUUUGUGGGAAUUAUCUGCGAUGUCUUCAACAUUAUCAUGUAUGCUUCACCACUCACCAUUGUGAAAAAAGUUAUAAGAACAAAGAGCGUAGAGUACAUGCCAUUCUAUCUCUCACUUGCCGGUUUCACUAAUGGCUGUAUCUGGGCUGCUUAUGCUCUCAUCAAGCUGGAUUAUUUUAUUCUGAUUAGCAAUGGCCUUGGAGCACUGUUGGGGCUUCUGCAACUUAUUAUAUAUGGAGUGUACUAUAGAUCAACGCCUAGAAGGGGCCAAGAUAUCGAAAAGCCGCCGGAGGUUCAGCUCUCUACUGCUCCCGCGGCUUAA